GUCCGCGAGAUGGAAGCAUUCGAGCUGGAGCAACUCGAUGGCCUCGGGCGCGGAUGGUCCACUGUCACUUUCCAGGUCGAGGGCCAGCCGCCGCAGACCAUGCACCUCCGCGACGCCUCGCAAGCGUUUGCUGACAUCUACGGCAAUCCGAACAAUGCGGAGGGCUUCAUGCUUCGGCCAUGGAUUGACAGCGACCCUGCCACUGGACAGCGGCAGUUUUCCACCCCAGACACGGGCACAUGGUGGCACGACGCUCAGGCCAAGAUCGGUGAGGAUGCGUUCGUUGGGGCGGUCAUCCUCUACAGCGACGUCACUCAUCUGAGCGAGAACGGCCGGAAGAAGGCCCACCCGCUGAUGAUGACCCUUGCUAACGUCUCACAGACGAAGCGAUGGGCCACAUCCGGCCACUGCCUGCUUGGCACGUUCCCCAUCCCGCCCCGCUCAAUGCCAUCAGCGCAGAAGACCGAGCUGUGGGAUCGAUUCGCGGUGACCGCGCUAGAGCCCCUGUUCGCCGGAAUGGAGAGGGGUUUCUUGCUGAAGGACCCUAACGGGGUGGAGCGGGUGGUGAAGCCGAGGCUCUAUGCGUGGGCGUGCGACUAUCCUGAGAGCGGGAAGAUCAGCGGUACACUGUCGGGCGGGACGGAGAGACCCUGCAGCAUCUGCUAUGCACAGAAGGACCACCUGUGGGCGGUCCAGUCGCCCAACGUCACCCGCACGGUGUCCGACCAGCGCUGGAUUGUGGCGAACCACCGUGCUCUCUCCCCGAAUCCGGAGAAGACCGUGGGAUCAUUCUUCUCCACCUUCCCCUCCGAGAGCGUGCUCUGGAAGUGGGAGAUCCCGCGUGCCCCCUGGAGCAACCCCUACCAGGCCAUCAUGCCAGACAUCAUGCACCAGGCGGACCUUGGGAUCCUGCACCACAUCCUGGCUGCCAUCCGCACCAAGCUCCCCAGGGAGCUGGGGGUUUUUGACGGGCGCCUCUCGUACGUCCGGGAUCACACGCGGAUCACCCACCUCCGCUUCCCGGAGACGACGUACUUCGCCACCGGUGCCAACCUGGCGGCAUUCGAGCACCGCGCCGUGCUCCAGGUCCUCGUCUUCAUCGUGGCGGACAAGCUGACGCCGGAUGAGAUGGAGGCACUCCGGCUGUACCUGGAGUGGUACCUCCUUUGCUGCCAUGUGCCAGGGCACACAGAGGGCUCUCUGCUGCAGCUUGAGGGGUUGACCCUCAGGUAUUUCUGGAUGUGAACUGUUAAGGAGCAUAUUUGCCGUGCGUUAGACGUGAUUGAAACUCUGGUGAAUGUUGAACACUUUCUAUG